UAUCACUGCUGUCCUAGCCUUUCCAUUGUUCGCGUUUUGAUGUGGUAAUUUCUGUCAUAGGACAACAUUUCAGACAUGAAGUUCAGGAUUCUUAUGAGUAUCAUUCUGCUGGUCUCGGGUGUAAAGUCUACGUAUAAAUACAUAGGAACGCCUUCUUCUCUGCGAAAUGCAUACUCUUCUUGCCAUAGCAGAAAUGGCAGACUGGUGACAUAUGGGGACGAUCUCAAAAGCGUUAUACAGAAUUGGAACUCUCCAGUAAAUAUCAGUAUUUGGACUGGUACAUUCCGAUUGCUCUCAUCUUGGAUUAAAUUUGUCGGAUGUCACAAAUAUUACCCACAUCCAGAUCCUAACAGGUCUUUGGUGUUCCUAGCCAACACGUCGGCAGCCGCUUGUGCAAUCCACUGUAAUAGAUACAACAAUAAAUAUUUUGCUUUACAGGGUAAGCGAUGCGCAUGCGUUGGAUCUAGUGACGUAAUCCUCAGGACACCUAACGCUGGAUGUAACUUUACAUGUGAUGGGUCCCAUUUGUCCGAGCCAUGUGGCAGUAUUACACUAAACAACUGGAGUCUUUACACCAGAGUGACGUUCGGUCAGGACACGACAGCUUUUUCAGACCACUGUAUAGCAGGCUUGUGUAAUGGCGAACACGGCAUGACUUUACAUGGAUCGAACUGCACUGCGUCUUUCCAUGGUGUUUGUAGUAACGGCGAUCAACUACGUAACACCUCCGACUGGAGUUCGUCAUUGAAGUCAUGUGUAUCGACAUAUGGGUCUUACCUAGUUACCAACGUGGCGGGGAUAUGCUGGUCAAUGCAUCAUUACGGCUGGAAGAAAUUUUGGACAGGACAGUUCCGGGGUGUGGCACAACACCAAGGCUCCGAUUUGCCAAAUGUACAUAUCGUCGGAUGUUCACUGCUUCACAUUGAAACAACUACCCAUAACGAAACGACUCCCUUACGUAACUCGGUCGGGUGUGAGACUGAACUACGACCCUACAUAUGUAAACUUAAUGACUAUGAAACGGACACGAUAUCAACUGUUGACACCACGGGAACAACCCUUUUUAACAGAAUAUCCAUUUCCACACAACUUAGCCUUAUAAAUUCAACAGAGGAAACAGUCAAUUCCUCAAGAACCCCAAUCAAAUCUGCAGUAAAUAAGGAUUCGCCGAUCAGUGAAGGUGCUGUUGUAGCGAUCGUGAUAGGUCCUGUCCUUACUGCCUGUGCAUUGGUUGGUAUCCUGUACCUGCGGAGAAGAAAAAUUUGGUGUUUCCAAACUUUGAGUAUUGGUCAAGCUGUCUGCAACCAAUCAUAUGACUCAUCAUUCAUCAACAAACCUGAUCACCAAGAGGAUCAUCACAGCUAUGACGAAAUAGAGCAUAAGUCCGACCAAACUGAUGACGCUGAAGGGGAGAACGCAACUACUGAUGACAUAUACGCACACCCGACUUUUGACUAUAAAGUGGAAGACAUCGAUGGUGAAGAUAGUAAAAGGUCGUAUCUAGAUAUGGGGGGAUCGCUGGCCAAACAGCGAGACACUAUCACGGAAACAGAUGAAGAAUAUGUGUAUAUGGGGGACGAUGUCUCCAACAAAUGCGAGGACAAUGAAGACAAAGACAUGUACAGCUUUAUGACACCAAGACACUCAGUUUCCUGACACAAAUGACAAACAAAAAAAUAAAGAUAGAUCGUUGAAAUCUUUACACAUUUAUGAAGCGAAUGUAUUUUUUAUUCCACAACAGCUGUAAAAUAAUUAUAUAUAUAAUCUAUAUCAACUUAUAUCGAUCAUCCUAACUGAACCCCGGCCAUCUUGGUGAAAGGCGAGUGUGCUUCCACUGCACCAACGAAAAUAUUUCCAUACAAACGCUUACAUUAGUUUUCGGCUACAACUCAUUAUAUGUAUUUUUACAGAGAAAACUGGGGGCGAUAUUACAUAAAUAGACAUAAAUUAGGAAUUUAGGAUCAAGUCAAAAUAUUAAAACUAGUAAAAUCUUAACGUUGCAACAGUCGUGAUGACUAACAUUUCAAUGUUCGUUUUCUUAUUAUUUAUUUAUGUAUAUAUCUAUCUAUCUAUUAUUGGGUGUAGGGGUGGGAAAAGAGGGUUUGAUUGGUGUUAAUUUUGUUGUUUUCUAUUUUCUUUCUACCCAAUAUGUUUAUUGUGACAUAAGUUAUCCCUCAGUACUUUUACAGUAGAUACACUUCAGCCUCUGUAAAUAAUCAAUCUAGUCCUAUGUAACUUGUAUGAUUAUGCUACACCUACAGUGAAUAAAGGUAUCAAA